UUCAGACACAUUUAGACGUGAUUUAACAAAAUCCAUAUUUUAUUACUCCUACUAAGUAGAGUAUUUUGUAGCCCAAAGCUAUUCGCACGUAGGAGCAUCCAACAAGCUGUUACGAUCAUCUGCACCAGCUUUGAUAUAGCAAAAGCUUAUUCGAUUCAUAUCCUCAGCUAGGCAGCCGGCCGGCCGGCAUCAUCGUUGUCUCCAAAGUGCCGUGCGCACUAGCUUCCAAAAAUGGAGUCCUAGACAAACGCCAUCCAUCCUACCAGCUACCCAGCAGGCCAGCACUCACACGACGCGCGCACCCUCGUAACGCAGGCAUGGACGUGGAGGCGCCCAAGGACGACGAGCAGCGGCCCGCGCCGCCGGCGCGCGGCAAGGCGAUGCAGCGGCUCCUGGUGGCGCUCAACUGCGGCAUGCUGACGCUGGGCACCACGGGCGGGCCGCUCCUGAGCCGCCUCUACUUCAGCAAGGGCGGGCACCGGAAGUGGCUGUCGGCGUGGCUCGAGACGGGCGGCUGGCCGCUGCUGUUGCUCCCCGUGGCGGCGUCGUACCUGCGCCGGCGCGCGCAGGACCCCAGCGCGCCCGUGGUGCUGGCCCCGCCGAGGAUACUCGUGGCGGCCGCGGGGCUCGGGCUGGCGACCGGCGCCGACGACUUCCUGUACGCGUACGGGCUGUCGUUCGUGCCCGUGUCCACCUCGGCGAUCCUCAUCUCCACGCAGCUCGCCUUCACCGUCCUGUUCGCGUUCCUCAUCGUGCGGCAGCGGCUGACGGCGCUGUCGGUGAACGCGGUGGCGCUGCUCACCGUGGGCGCCGUGGUGCUGGGCCUGCACGUCUCCUCCGACCGCCCCGCCGGGGUGACCAGGGGGCAGUACUGGCUGGGGUUCCUGCUCACCCUCGGCUCCGCCGCGCUGUACGGGCUGGUGCUGCCGCUCAUCGAGCUGACCUACAAGCGGGCCGCGGGCGGCGGCCGCGUGGUGACCUACGCGCUGGUCAUGGAGAUGCAGCUGGUGAUGGGCUUCUUCGCCACCGCUUUCUGCACCGUCGGCAUGAUCGUCAACAACGAUUUCCAGGCGAUGGCGAGGGAGGCGCGGGCGUUCGAGCUGGGGGAGGCCCGGUACUACACGGUGCUGGUGUGGAGCGCCAUCCUGUGGCAGUUCUUCUUCCUGGGCGCCGUGGGCGUCAUCUUCUGCGUCCACACCCUCUUCGCCGGGAUCCUCAUCGCCGUCUUCAUCCCGGUGACGGAGGUGCUGGCCGUCAUCUUCCUGCACGAGAAGUUCAGCAGCGAGAAGGGCGUCGCGCUCGUGCUCUCGCUCUGGGGCCUCGCCUCCUACUCCUACGGCGAGUACAGCGACGCCAAGGCCGCCAAGAAGAAAGCGGCCUUGGACGCCCAGGCCUCGUGACUAAUAUUAGUGCACUUUGAUUUUUGCAGGCGUGUUGGUUUCCAGGAAGUAUGGGAAACAAAUCAAGGCCACGGAGAAGAGAAGCGGCCAUGGAUGCACAGGACUCGUGGCUAUAUUCUGCUUUGUCAAAUUAUGUUUUUGUUUUGGAGAAGUGUUGGGGUUAAAUAAAAAGGUGCAAGGAUGCAUCACAAUUGGUGC